AUGUGGCAGAGCACAGGUAAUCGUGCUUCCAGUGCCCAGAGGUGCUGGUUGGUCACAUCUGCUCUUACAUGCUUUUACAACAAUGCCCAGCUGCUGUCCUGGGUGGACAUUGCAUUCCUCUGCUGUCUCCCAUCAAACAGUGCUUCCGCCUGCUCUGUCAUUUGUCCUGUCAUCCAGGAGCCCCGCAUUGUGUACAGCUUCGACACCUCCAUCCCUCUCUGCAGGAACUACACUGGUAUUAACAUUCUAUUUCAUAGAAUCAUAGAAUCACUGCCUCAUCACCCUUGGGUUCAUCCUUCAAGGAAAACAAAAAUCAAUGCUGAAUAGCUGGUGGCCGUUUUCUAUGCAGCCCUGAACAGCAGCACGUGGCAGAACCUGCCUCACCAGAAGGCACUGAAACUACUCAAUGACCUCAGUUUUCCUGAAUGCUGCUCCAUGUGGGCAGAGCAGAAAACUUCCUGUCGGUUUGUGUGCAAGAGUUUUGUCAGCAAGGGUUUUGCCUCUUUGAUGACUCAAGAGGAGAAAGUAAACGGUGGAAUGCUGAGAACCUUUUCCUGGUUUGACUUGACAGCUGUACCAAUGAGAAAGUCUCUCCUUAGCCAGCUGCUAGAAUAGAGAGAGCUUCUCCAGUGCCAUCCCAUGCCUGGUGCUCUACUAGACCAGGCAUCCUCUGGAGACUGGUCUACAAAGCAUGUGGGUAAUCAGCACUAAUCAGCUGUAGUGGAGCCUGGUGUGAUACUGGAUGACAAAUCUCCAUGCUUCACAGCUGCUUCCAACAUUUUCUCAGAAAUUCCAGAGGAAACUGCUGAGUAUGAUUCUAAAUUCUCAUAAACCAUAAUGAAGCCCAUCCAGAAUGCUUUGCUGAGAUCUCAUCCCAGCCUCCUCAUGGGACUAAGG